GCUUCUUGGCCCCGUCGACGACGGGGUCGAAGCAAAGGAUGGCUUGUUGGACGCCUCCUUCUUCGUCGGGCAUGGCCACGAGAACACGCCGCGUGUGGGUUCGGCGGUGGUCCUCACAUGUUCCUCAGAGGCAAAAGAAGCCUGUGGUAUCCUGGCCCAGCAGCUCGCUCAGUGGUACUGGGACAGAAGGACUGAAUUCACAUACCCAAGAGACUCUUCAACGACUCCCUGGCACGAGGCCCUUCAGGAGAUGUAUGCGGCUUAUGACCAGGGGCAGAAGGUUCUCCUCGGCGAUUUGGGGGACAAUGCCAAUGCCGGGACGUCAGGUGAUGUGCCUUUCGUUUGCCGGAAGCUCUUGGAAAAGACCUCGGUGCCGCGGGAAGGAGGCAAAGCUCAUCCACGGGUGCUCAUCGCUGGGCUUGCCGACCACGCGGCGGUGAAGACCUGCGCGGAGCUUUGGGAAAGAGCGCACGAAGCGGCGAAGCCUCUCUCAGAACUUCCGCUGCCGCUUCGAAUCGGGGCCGGCCACGCCAUUGGUGCCGAUUUCGGUGAGGGUUGCGAGGCGCUGGUGCUCUCUGACGCCCGUCUUCGGGGCAUUGUGAACGAGGGGCUUUGGGCCAUCGUCGAUGCUUCGCCAUGCAUCACCCUUGUACUUCAAACGUCGCCCUGGGCAUUCUUCUCGAGAGCGGACGUGGCACGGCUGACUGAGGCCUUCCACCCCUCUAACUACGAUGUCGUGGUCGUGAAGCGCGGGAACGUUGCUUCUCUGGUGGAGCCCAUGUUUUCUUUGGGGGAAGCUUAUGAACCGGCCAAGGUCUGCUGCAUCAUGUCCACGACACCCGGGGCAAACAGCUACCCGAUGCCGGCUCGACCACGCCUUCGCCCAGCGAUGUACCCGGAGUGUCCGGAGCGCGAGUGGGCCGCCCCUGUCGGAACGGUGCCACCACGAUGCGGCCGGGGCCAGAAGCGCCUGAGUGAAGCCGAUGAGGCGUAA